UGGGCAAGGGAUGUGAACUCCCGGGAAGGAUGACGAGGAUUGCUACCGUUGCUCUUCUUCUGCAGCUGUUGCAAAAAGCCCAGGGCCAGGUCUUCGCAGGCAGUUGUUCGUUUGAUGAACACUACAGCAAUUGUGGUUAUAGCGUGGCACUGGGGACCAAUGGAUUUACUUGGGAGCAGAUUAACACUUGGGAGAAACCAACGAUGGAUCCGGCUGUCCCUACUGGCUCCUUCAUGAUGGUAAACAGCUCUGGGAGGGCAUCUGGGCAAAAAGCUCACUUGCUGUUACCGACCCUGAAGGAAAACGAUACCCACUGCAUAGACUUCCAUUACUAUCUCUCCAGCCGAGACCGCUCCAGCCCUGGGUCGUUGAAUGUUUACGUGAAGGUGAAUGGUGGACCUCAAGGCAACCCCAUAUGGAAUGUCUCUGGGAUUGUUACAGAAGGUUGGGUGAAGGCAGAACUCGCUAUCAGCACAUUCUGGCCACAUUUUUAUCAGGUGAUAUUUGAAUCAGUUUCAUUGAAGGGUCAUCCUGGAUACAUAGCUGUGGAUGAAGUCAGAGUCCUUGCCCAUCCAUGCAGAAAAGCUCCUCACUUCCUACGGCUUCAAAAUGUGGAGGUUAACGUUGGACAGAAUGCAACAUUCCAGUGUGUUGCAGGAGGAAAGUGGUCUCAGCAUGACAAACUGUGGCUACAGCAGUGGAACGGCAGAGACACAGCCCUAAUGGUCACCAGAGUGGUAAACCACAGGCGUUUUUCUGCUACGGUCAGCGUUGCAGACACCUCGCAGCGCAGCAUUAGUAAAUACCGAUGUGUCAUCCGCUCCGAUGGUGGAUCAGGGGUUUCAAACUAUGCAGAACUAAUAGUAAAAGAACCUCCCACUCCUAUCGCACCACCAGAGCUUCUAGCAGUUGGGGCUACUUAUCUGUGGAUCAAACCAAAUGCCAACUCUAUCAUUGGAGAUGGUCCAAUAAUUCUGAAAGAAGUGGAAUACCGCACAACCAACGGGAAUUGGGCUGAAACGCAUAUAGUUGAUUCACCGAAUUACAAGUUAUGGCAUCUAGACCCAGAUGUGGAAUAUGAGAUCAGAGUGCUUCUUACCCGUCCUGGAGAUGGAGGGACAGGACCUCCCGGGCCUCCACUCACAACAAGAACAAAAUGUGCAGAUCCAGUCCAUGGUCCCCAGAACGUGGAGGUCGUUGACAUCCGAUCUCGCCAGCUUACUUUGCAGUGGGAGCCCUUUGGUUACGCCGUGACUCGCUGCCACAGCUAUAACCUGACAGUCUAUUACCAGUAUGUGUUCAACCAGCAGAAGUAUGAGGCGGAGGAACUUAUUCAGACAUCCUCCCACUACACUCUGCGAGGACUUCGGCCCUUCAUGACCAUCCGACUGAAGCUGGCUCUUUCAAACCCAGAGGGCAAGAUGGAGAGUGAGGAGCUAGUGGUGCAAACUGAGGAAGAUGUUCCUGGAUCUGUUCCCCUUGAAUCCAUUCAGGGAGGGCCCUUUGAAGAGAAGAUCUAUGUUCAGUGGAAGCCCCCAAACGAGACCAAUGGGAUCAUUACACUCUAUGAGAUUACAUACAAGGCUGUUGGUUCUCUAGAUCCCACUGCUGACCUGUCCAACCAAAGGGGAAAGGUCUUCAAACUAAGAAAUGAAACUCACCACCUCUUCGUAGGAUUAUACCCAGGGACCACGUACUCAUUCACCAUCAAAGCCAGCACGGUCAAGGGUUUUGGACCUCCCAUCACCACACGGAUUGCAACUAAAAUUUCAGCACCAUCGAUGCCAGAAUAUGAUACCGACUCUCCUCUGAAUGAAACGGAGACGACAAUCACGGUCAUGCUGAAGCCAGCACAGUCUCGUGGAGCACCUGUCAGUGUUUAUCAGCUAGUGGUGAAAGAAGAGAGGCCACAGAAGUCACGAAGGGCUGCAGACAUCAUUGAGUGCUUCUCUGUUCCAGUGAGCUUCAAAAAUGCAUCAACCCUUGACUCCCCCCAUUACUUUGCAGCUGAGUUGAAGCCAGUCAACUUGCCUGUCACCCAGCCCUUCACAGUGGGAGACAACAAAACCUACAAUGGUUAUUGGAAUGCUCCACUUUCACCGUUGAAAAGUUACAGCAUUUACUUUCAGGCUCUCAGUAAAGCCAAUGGGGAGACCAAAAUCAACUGUGUCCGACUGGCAACAAAAGCAGUAAUAAGUAGGCAACAGGUGACCACCCGAAACCCGCCCAGCCUCAUGAGCACAGGAGCUUCGACGCAGAAUUCCAAUGCCGUGGAACCAGAAAAGCAGGUUGACAACACUGUGAAAAUGGCAGGAGUUAUUGCUGGCCUCCUUAUGUUUGUAAUUAUUCUCUUGGGAGCAAUGCUUACCAUCAAGAGGAGAAGAAAUGCAUAUUCCUACUCCUAUUACUUGAAACUAGCCAAGAAGCAAAAGGAGACUCAGAGCAGCAGUCAGAGAGAAAUGGGCCCUGUUGCCACUUCAGACAAGACCGCUACAAAGCUCAGUGCUGCUCAUAAUGACGAAGCUUUUUCUUCGAGCUGCCAAGAUGUUAAUGGAUUCAACAGUAGCCAUGGGGAGAUGACUCAGCCGACACUGACAAUCCAGACCCAUCCCUAUCGAAGCUGCGACCCCGUAGAAAUGUCCUACCCCAGGGGACAGUUCCAGCCAGCAAUCCGAGUGGCCGACUUGUUGCAACACAUCACUCAGAUGAAACGGGGACAGGGAUAUGGCUUUAAAGAGGAGUAUGAGGCUCUACCCGAGGGGCAGACAGCAUCUUGGGAUACAGCCAAAGAAGAUGAAAAUCGCAAUAAGAACAGAUAUGGCAACAUCAUCUCCUAUGAUCACUCCAGGGUCAGGCUGCAACUGCUGGAUGGAGACCCCCACUCAGACUACAUAAAUGCCAACUAUAUAGAUGGAUAUCAUCGUCCUCACCAUUACAUUGCAACUCAAGGACCGAUGCAAGAGACAGUGAAGGAUUUUUGGAGGAUGAUCUGGCAGGAGAAUUCUGCAAGUGUUGUCAUGGUUACCAACCUGGUGGAAGUUGGCAGGGUCAAAUGUGUUAGAUACUGGCCAGAUGAUACAGAGGUCUAUGGAGACAUUAAAGUCACCUUAAUUGAGACAGAACCAUUGGCAGAGUAUGUCAUUCGCACUUUUACAGUCCAAAAGAAAGGCUACCAUGAGAUCCGAGAGAUUCGGCAGUUCCACUUCACCAGCUGGCCAGACCAUGGGGUUCCUUGUUAUGCCACAGGCCUCUUGGGCUUUGUUCGACAAGUGAAGUUCCUCAAUCCACCAGAGGCAGGGCCUAUUGUUGUGCACUGCAGUGCUGGUGCUGGGAGGACAGGGUGCUUUAUUGCCAUUGACAUCAUGCUUGACAUGGCGGAAAAUGAAGGUGUGGUGGACAUUUUUAACUGCGUCCGGGAGCUGCGAUCCCAGAGGGUCAAUUUGGUGCAGACGGAGGAACAAUAUGUCUUCGUUCAUGAUGCCAUUCUGGAAGCAUGCCUAUGUGGCAACACAGCCAUCCCAGUUUGUGAAUUCAGAUCCAUAUACUACAACAUCAGCAGACUGGACCCACAGACAAAUUCCAGCCAGAUAAAAGAUGAAUUCCAGACCCUUAACAUAGUAACGCCUCGGGUCCGGCCAGAAGAUUGCAGUAUUGGACUCUUACCCAGGAAUCAUGACAAGAACCGCUGCAUGGAUGUCCUCCCGCUGGAUCGGUGCCUCCCCUUCCUCAUCUCUGUUGAUGGGGAAUCAAGCAACUACAUUAACGCUGCACUCAUGGAUAGCCACAAGCAACCUGCUGCCUUUAUAGUUACCCAGCAUCCUUUACCCAACACUGUACCCGAUUUCUGGAGGCUGGUGUUUGAUUACAACUGUUCCUCCAUUGUGAUGCUGAAUGAAAUGGAUGCUGCACAACUCUGUAUGCAGUACUGGCCAGAGAAGACAUCCUGUUGUUAUGGGCCAAUCCAAGUGGAGUUCGUUUCUGCUGACAUAGAUGAAGAUAUCAUCAAUAGGAUAUUCCGGAUUUGCAACAUGGCAAGGCCCCAAGAUGGGUACCGUAUUGUUCAGCAUUUGCAGUACAUUGGCUGGCCAGCAUAUAGAGACAUACCUCCUUCCAAACGCUCUCUAUUGAAGGUUGUCAGGCGACUAGAGAAAUGGCAGGAGCAGUAUGAUGGGCGAGAUGGCCGAACCGUAGUCCAUUGCUUGAAUGGUGGUGGCCGCAGCGGCACCUUCUGUGCCAUAUGCAGUGUGUGUGAAAUGAUCCAGCAGCAAAACAUCAUCGAUGUGUUCCACAUAGUGAAAACCUUACGGAACAACAAGUCCAACAUGGUGGAGACACUGGAACAGUAUAAAUUUGUAUAUGAGGUUGCACUGGAAUACUUGAGUUCAUUUUAGCUCGUGAGGGCUGGGAGCGUACCAGAUUCCAAAAGCCUUGAUGUUUGAAGGAUGCCGGUUCCCCACUCAUUUAAAAGGAAUAAUGAGGUGAAGAGAGUAAAGCUCUUCACCUUUGAGUGAGAGACUGGGUCAGUUUUCAGUGCAGCUGGAAGGAGGAGAGAUCUGCUGCCAUCUGCUUUCUACAGGAGCCUCUCUUCCCUUUUUAAACAGCCCAUGAUACAAACUGGCAAAGCAGGAGGCAGGCUGGAAGACUCUGCUUUCUAAUCCCUUCUGACCGCUUCUCUCUGCCAUUUUGGAUGUGCAUUUUUGUUUCUCCUUGAGUACAGAAGAAAAAAAAAUACUGGGAUA